AGCACACAGCAGGCAAGACAAGGCAUUAGGCUUACUUCGUUCAAUAGGCUACAGUCUAGUCAGUAUGAGAUCACUAUCUAGUGUUUGGCAUUCUCACUCCCACCCAACCGCCCGCCACAAAAGAGGACAGGGACGGAAGACAAACUGAACUCCUGACAAAUAACCCUCUCCUGGAGCACUGCCCAUUCCAGACCACACCACAUCUAUACGCUCUGUCCAUCUGCCGCUCUGAACCAUGACACCCUGGCAACACAAACUUAUUUGUCACCAAACCGCUUACAUUGACCCUAAUGCAGAUACCGAGUGGAAUGACAUCCUGAGAAAGAAGGGGGUCCUUCCUCCCAAGGAGAAAACUCAGGAUGAGGUUGAGGAGGAAGCUCUAGAGAAGCAGAUACUUCUUGAGCAGGAAUCUGUUGUGAAAACCUAUGAGAGCAUGACUCUGGACGAGCUGGAUGAGAACGAGGAUGACUUCAGUGAAGAGGACGAGGCCGCCAUCGAGAUGUACAGACAGAAGAGGCUUGCAGAAUGGAAAGCCACCCAGAUAAAGAAUUGCUUCGGUGAAGUAGUGGAGAUCUCUGGGCAGGACUACAUCAAGGAGGUGAACAAAGCUGGAGAGGGAAUCUGGGUUGUGCUCCAUCUCUACAAACAGGGAGUACCUCUGUGUACCCUGAUAAACCAGCAUCUAUCAGAGCUGGCCAGGAAGUUCCCCCAGACCAAGUUCCUCAAGUCCAUCUCCACCACCUGCAUCCCCAACUACCCCGACCGUAACCUGCCCACAAUCUUUGUCUACCACGAGGGAGAGAUGAAGGCACAGUACAUCGGGCCUCUGGUCUUCGGAGGCAUGAACCUCAAAGUUGAAGAGCUGGAGUGGAGGUUAUCGGAAUCUGGCGCUGUCAAGACAGACCUGGAAGAAAACCCCAAGAAGCAGAUUGAAGACAAGCUAAUGUCGUCGAUUCGAUCCACUCUCCCCACACGGAAAGACAGUGACUCAGAAGAAGAGAACUAGCCCCCUAACCGCCAAAUAACAUUAAUCUAAUGCUCCACUGUCACUGAAUGGGGAUGGCUUUCUCAUGUGGUGAUGUGUUAAAAUGCACAUCUCUUCCUAUGCUUACCGCAGAGAGGCUCUGUCAGUUCUAUGCCUUCCCGGUUAAAGGAUCUCGUGUUAAGUGAUCAUUCUCCUAAAUCAGAUCGGACUCUUCAAUAGGCUUUCUACAGAACGUUUGGUUGAAUAUUGUCUUUUUUUUGCAUAUACGUUUUAUAAUAUGACAAUUUAGAUGUAUACACAUCUAAUUGUUAAAUUAAAUGUAAGUAGCCAUUCACCCAUGCCAUAAUCACGGGUGACAGUUUUUAAAUAAAGUGUUGGCUGUGAUCUGGGUAACCAUCACAUGAAGGACUGCUUUGGCUA